AUAUCGCACUCAAUAAAAAAUAUAUUCAAAUUGGCGAAAGCAAUGAUAUCAAAUUAGUCAUCAAGGAAAUUGCCAGUACUUCGGCUGUCCAAAUCGUAAUAGAAGUAACUUUAAUUUAUAAUAAUUUAUUCAUUAAUAAUAAACAAGAUGGUUAUAUGAAAGCAAGAGCUAAACGAAUUAUGAAAGUUGAAAUUAAUCAGUCUGUAGCACAAUUCUCUGAACCAAAAUCUCCAUUCCGUUUAAAUCCGGUGAUAUAUCACGAAUUUAUUGUAUCAACUUUAGAACUUUGUUCAAAAAGAUUUCCACUACGAGUAUUAACAGACGAAUUAAUUAUGGAAAUAAAAAAAAAAUUAGUAGAACUGCUGAACAAAAGAAUUUAUUCACAUUUAAGGAAUAAAGUAUGUUGA